UCAUCGCUGUCGCUCGAGAACUCGUCGUCGUCAAGGAGCAAUUGCAACAGCGGGUCCUCGACGGGAAGAACUGUUUGUGAAAACAGACGGUGCGCCGCCGCCAAGCGAAGCGGUGUCGAGAAGAGUCAGUGCGGCGCGUACAACAAGCCGUUGCGACCGAUCGACGCGGCGACAUCAAGACACGAGAAACCCAGCAAGACAUGCUGCUCUGUACUAGUACGGCUUUAG